GUUUAAAGGAGAGCUAGCGUGAAAGCUUUUGUCUGCUAGCGUGAUAAACAAAUCACCUGACGUUAGCCGGAUGCUAAGCUAAAAGCAGCAGAUAUUUGUUUUGUUUUGUUUUUUCCAAGCGAGUCUUUCAUUGAUUAAACAUAAUAGGUUGGCUUGGUAGUGAGUUUUCGGUUCAUGGUUAAAUUAAAAGCUUAAGAUGGCCAUACUGCGCGUUUGUUUCAGAUCGUCUAGUUAAGUGAAGUCAUUUAUGAGCUGUUGAUUCAGAGCUCGAGGGGGUUACAGAUAAACAUGAUACUUUAGAUAAGGUUUCCUUUUGUCUAAAGUCACCGAUCAGCGUUGAUGUUGACAGUAACAGAGCUGUUUAAACGGGUCUUGUCAUGGAAAGGAAAGUGAAAGGGUUUAGCUGAUCCGGUUUGUUAGCUGUACAUAGUGUGCACUUGGUAAAGUACAAGGAGACAUGUUUGGUAAGUGAUGGAGGGAAAAGGCCCGUAUCGCAUCUAUGACCCCGGUGGGAGCGAUUGCCAGGUGAAAGACGAGGCCAACAGCCUCAGCUACAGACAGCUGCUAGAAGAAAACACCGUACUGAGAGAGAGAAUGAAAGGACUGAAGAGUUUAGGAGACCUGUUAGAGGAGUCUCAGACAGAGGCGGCGAAGCUUCGGAAGAGGGUGGAAGAGCUGGUGAGGGAUAACGAAGCCUUGAAAUCCUCCACGACCAGCUUCGCUUCCAGCCUGUGUAUGGGCACUCCUGUUCAAACAGACACACAAGGUCGUGGUAAACAUCACACUCAUCCUUCAUCAGAAAGACAAGAAUCUCGAGAUGGUUUAACUGGAAAUACUUUACAACCAGAGGCAACUGAAAGUUCAUCAGAGUUUGAGGUUGUAAAUAUGGAAGAGAAGACCGCUUCGGAAACCCAGACGACCGGAGCGAUGCACCUGCCACAGGAGAACCUCGAGCUGGCGAGUCAACUCCGGCGACUGGAGAGCUCUUUCAGCGUGUUUGCCGAAGAGUCCAAUCCCAACCAACUGCUUGCUCACCUGGGCCGCAUGGCUGUUGAGUUUCACCAUCUCUCAUCCAAGGUCCAAAAGAAUGAACAGAGAACAUCUCUUCUGCAGACACUUUGCGAACAGCUAAGACAAGAGAACAGCGAACUUCGGAAAAAAAUGGAAGAGGACCUUCAGUACCGCAACCGUGACUUAGAACAGCUGAGGCAGGAGAACCUGAAACUGAAAGAGCAGGUGAGCGGAGGAGCACAGAUAGCACCCAAUGAACAACCCAGCCCGAAGGAGGAGCAAGUCAAAGAAGAGGGAGCCAAAACCAAGGUGGAAGUGACCAUGAAUCAGCAGUCUGGUAAAGCCGCUGAAAAAACGCCAUCUAAGACCUUGGAUCCAGAGAUGUACGAGAAGAAGAUCAAGCUUCUGGAGAAACAGAGAAGAGAUGUACUGGAGGUGAACAAACAGUGGGACAUUCAGUGGAAUUCUAUGAAGACACAGUUUGAACAGAAGAUUACUGAUCUCCGGCAGAGGCUCGCCGACUCUCAGAAAGCCGUUCUUGAACUGGAGGCGGAACGCGAGCAGAGACAGAGAGACUAUGACAAAAAACUCCUCCUCGCCAAGUCUAAAAUCGACAACGUUCAGGGUGAGAAGGAAUGCCUUACAUCAGAGACAUGUGAGUUAAAACAAAAGGUGCGUUACCUACAGGACCAGUUACUACCACUUACUAAACAAAGAGAAUAUCAGGAGAAAGAGAUCCAACGACUUAACCGGGCAUUAGAAGAAGCAUUGAAUCUUCAAUCUCCAUCCUCCACCCAGCCAGGCAUGAACCUGGGAGACGGUGUUGCCAACCUGAGACAGCAGGAGCUUCAUACACAGAUAGCUGUCUUAAAGGAGCAGGUGAAGAUCUUUGAAGAAGACUUCAGGAAGGAGAGGAGCGACAGAGAGAGAAUGAACGAAGAGAAAGAAGAUCUGAGGCGGCAAGUGGAAAGAUUACAGGGUCAAAUGACCAAUCUGACCAAUCAGCUUCAUCAAGCACAGAAUGAGUGUCAGAGAGAGCGAGCUGAGAGGUGUAAACUGGAGCGACUGCAGAUGCAACACAAACAGGAGGGGCAGCAGGAAAGGAGAACGUCUGAUCCUACGUCGGGCGCUCCCAACGGCCCCAUGAGUCCUCCGUACUGCGGCCCGUUUGUUCAGGUUGGCCAUCAAGGUCUGGAGGGGUGGCCCAUACACUUUCCUCCCAGGAUGCCUAACAUCAAUACGGCACCCGGCAGGGAUUUCCAGCCUGUUAAUCCUGGUUUUCCCUGGCAGUCAUCAUUCCCACAGCCACGUGGUUCAAGAGGACCGGCGGACCCGGCAAGAGCGCCUCCAGAAACAGCAGAAAUGGGAGCAACUGGAUUUGGGAAAAGGGAGCGUCCGAACAUGGAUCCUGGAAAGCACUAAACAGACACACACACACACACACACACACACACACACACACACACAUAUGCACACGCACAUUCUCUCUCCUGGAAUGGCUCAUGGCUAGUAGCAUGCUGCAGUUUAUUUUCAGUUGGCAUGGUGUGAACUUUAGUUUUUUUCCUCUUGUGUACAUAUCUUCUAUAUCUACCACUGAUACAAAUGUUGUUUAUAUACUUACGUUUUAUAAUCCUGUUUGUGAAACACUGUCCUGGCAAAUUAAGAAUAUAUAUAUAUACAUUUAUUAUUUGAUCUUUUUAUGAUUGUUGAAGAUAAAAUGAUCUGCUUUAUAUUAAUUCUAUGCAGGAACUGAAGUCAAUUAUUUAAUGGAUAAAAUGAUUGAAUGUCAUUUUGACACCGUAUACCUACAGAGUUAAGGGAAAACUGUAUAAUAAUAUACCACUUUAUUGAUGGAAAAUGACCUUAUUAAAUGAAAUGAAAUUGAUUGUAACGUCAUUCCCUGACGCAUCAGUAUUUAUACUUGCGGUGGUGAUAAUAACUUGAUGUCAGUGCACAAUUAGAGAAAAGAUAAAGUCUACAUCUAAAUGAAAGUAACUCUAUAUUAACAAACGUCCAACAGCAGACUGGGACCGAUCUGAUUCGUGAUUUGUUGGUCAAACCCGGUUGAAUGUGUCAUCUGCCCCACCAUUUACUGAAGCCAUAUCCAGUUGAUAAACCUUUUCAUGGAUUUGAUUAUGUUCUGGUUUUACUCUGUUAGACAUUUCGAUGGCUUGUUGAUCUUUUAGUUGCUUGUUAUUGAGUACGAACGGCCCUCAUCGGGUCUUAGUAAAUGAAUGGCAGAAGUUACAUGCUAGAUUUGCUUGAUAUUGUUGAAUAUUCAGUGUUGAAAACCAUUAUUCCCUAUGUGCAAAUAGAAGUGAUAAAUUAUUUAUAAUCUAUUGUUUUGACCGCCGUGUGUGGUCUAUUGUCUUAAGUAAUGUUGUCUUUUGUGUAUUGUUUUGUGUCUCCCUUUACAUAUUGUAGCUACUGGAGGAUUGUAGGAUGUGAGUUUGUGUGUUUGUGCAUACGCGCAAUCAGAAGAAGAAGUGGGCCAGAAUAAAUAAGUUAAUGAUAUCACAUUAAUGCAGCCCACUUUUAUUGGCCUCACUCUUGAUUUUGGCUGAAACGUCGGCGAGAAUCAAGAACGAUUGAAUGAUGUCCAGAUGUUGCACUCAAACACGUCAUAUGUUUGAAACUAGAUGAUCAGGGUAAGAAUGAUGUGUUUUCUGCUUUAUGGUCACAUUCAUCACACGUGUGCAGUGUCUUUUAACUGCAUCGACCCACGCUUUAAACCAAACGCUAAAGGUUUGUAUGCUUGCGAAAUCUUAUCAAUGGCAAGCAAUCGAUCUGCUUUCAAAAGUGGUGAUAUUUGUCAUGUAAAUGUAAAAAUAGUCAGGCAGACAGGCAUUUCUUUUCUGAAUAUGUGGUGGGAUUUAUUCAACAGAAUGAAGUGUUUUCAAGUUGAAAUGUCUGUGAACUGGACUGCACUGGGAGCUUUAUUAACUGGUGCCCAUUAUUUACUGGUUUUGUGCUUUUGGAAUGACUUCUUUUUCCUUCAGUGGGUGAAAGCAUAUCUCCUGUGGAUCUUUUGUAAUUGAUUAGUAUAAUAAAUAUAUUCUGACUGUCUAAACCUUCAAA